AUGCCGUUCGGGCUGGUGAAUGCACCAUCUGUAUUUCAAAGAGCAAUGAAUAAAAUUUUCAACAAAGCACGAGUAAAAUAUGCUCUCGUCUACAUCGAUGACAUCCUCAUCCCAGCACAAACCUUUGACGAAGGCUUAUUGCGUUUGGAGGAAGUCCUCGCACUUUUAAAAGAAGGUGGGUUUACGCUAAAAUUAAGCAAAUGUAGGUUCUUCUUUGACAAAAUUGAGUACUUGGGGUUCGAGAUAAGCGCUGAUGGAGUUCGGCCAGGAUCUCUUAAAACUGAUGCUGUUUCGAAAUUCCCAACUCCUCAAAACCAACACGAUUUGAGAAGAUUCAUCGGUUUGGCGAGUUUUUUAGGCGGUUUAUAA